AAGAUCAGUAGGCCACGUGGAUACUAUACACAAGAAUUUGGAGUAAUCCACAGACUCAUUUAUUUACACAAUAAUUUAAACAAUCCAGAGAAACAGAAACCCACAUCAUGUCCGGAGCAAAUUGUAAUCAGAAAAUUAAACUUUGGAUGCAGUCCAUGGAUGGAUAUCGUAUGCCGUGCAAGGUGGAUCGCUUCCAUCCCCUGGCCACCAUGCUCCGGGACACGUACCGCCAGAUCAGGGGAAGAUGGAACGGCCGCAUGAAGCUCACCUUCGAUGGGCAGCAGAUUAUGGAGUGGGACACGUGCAAUUCCCUGGGUCUGGCGGACGACGAUCUAAUAGACGUUUACAUUGCCCGCUACGGCGAUGGCCCCAAGUGACCAGAUGGGCCUAAAUUUUUGUAGUGUUUUUGAUAAAUUACAGAACUGAGUCAACGAA